UAGGUCGGUUAGUGUCGGUCGUUAGGCAUUUGGCAAACCACAGCGUUGGGGCAACGAACCAUUAGGCCGGCAAGUGAAGUUCAACUGAAGACGACUGAGCGACUAUGGGAGGUAGGCGCAAGAUGCUGCUAGCGUCCGGAUUGGUACUGGUGGUCGUGGCAAUGCUGAGCGUUCCGACUUCAGCCGAGUGUCCGAACGCCUGUUCGGGCAACGGAGCGUGUAUGGCCAAGGACAUGUGCAAUUGCUACAAGAACUACGAGGGCAACGACUGCUUCGACCGCACGUGCCAAUUCGGCUACGCCCACGCUGACACGCCCAAGGGUGACAUCAAUUAUGAUCAGGAUCGGAAGACGACCGGCUGGAUUCUCGAGGAUUCGCAGCAGUUUCCAGCAAAGACGUACGAGUACUUUAGCCCGGAUGCUAUAACCAAUGAGGCCCACUUCUAUAUGGAGUGCUCCAACAAGGGACUGUGUGAUCGAACUCUGGGAACGUGCGUGUGCUUUGACGGAUAUGAAGGUGUGGCAUGCCAGCGCGCUGCGUGUCCUAACAAGUGCAGUGGUCAUGGAACGUGUGAGAGUAUCAGUGAGCUGGGACUCAAGGCUCCGGGUACGCUUUUUGGGAAUCCGGACAACGUGAACAAGAUAACCUAUGAUCUAUGGGACAGCAAAGUCACUUAUGGUUGCCGUUGCGAUCCUUGGUAUCACGGUGCCGACUGCUCACUGCGUACCUGUAAGGUUGGUGUGGAUCCGAUGUUUCUAUCGGUGGGCACAGCAACGUACGAGGUGUUUGCGCUACACGUCUGGCUUGAUCCGACUGCGUUUCCUACAUCGUCAACCACUUUAGGUGUAACAACUCCUGUCGGUAGAACGAUCCAAGCUGAUUGGGUACGUCUUCGGCUUUUCGACUACCAUGGCGAAUCCUACAUCACUGAUCCCAUCCCAAUCGUGAGUGAUGUCGAUGGUGAUACCUCCGUUGCCCCCACUGCUCUUCAGCUUGCGCAAAGAAACGCUGAUGCUGUCGCUGCAGCAAUCAAGAAAAUCCCCAACAAGACUUUCCAAAACGUAGACUGCGAGCCGACGAAUGUUAAUGUAGGCGACGACCUUGUCGGCUAUAAAUCCACACGCACGGCUGCAACCCACGGUCUUUCAGUUGUCUGUCAGUUCACCGGCAAUCCUGGUCGUCUACGCACUCCUGAAAUUGCAAGUUACGACUUCAACGGUGUCGUCGAUCCAGCUAAAAAGUUUGCCGCGCUGUACGCGAUGGAGAAGGGUCAAGACAACGAAUGGUUCACAGAGGAUUCCGGUGUCAUCGUUACUGCCCAGACAACUACCACACUCACGGUGACCAACACUGCUGGGCUAUCAGAUACUGCUGCCACACUGUUCCGGGUUGGUUCGCAUGUAUUGCUCGGUACUCUUUCGGGGACGACAAUUACACUCGUGUACGCGGUCAACCACGCGCUAGGAACCACCAGCCAUCGCUUCAACGCUCAGAAGGAUUCUAGUGGAGUCUCCCGAGUCACAGUGUCUACCGGCAAAGCAAUCUCGCCUGCCGUUCCUGUUGGUGCCACGACAAUCACCGUAACGGGGGCUGCAACUGGCCUUGCGGCUGGGGAUCUCAUUUUCUUUGAAAACCAAUUCUACCGACUCAAAGCGGUCACGGUGGCUACCGACACUACUAUCACGUUGGAUCGACCUUUUGGGGGAAACUCUCUGGAUGGUGGCGCCAACACAGUUCUGUUUGUGUACGAAAUUACUCCGCCUGAGGAUGCGUACAAGUACAACUACGUCUCGCAAUGCUCCGGCCGAGGCAUUUGUGACACCCUGAUUGGCGUCUGCGAUUGCUUCAAGGGCUACACUAACGACAACUGUGACACGCAGAACAUCCUCGCGCUGUAAGCUAACUCUCAAAGGUAGGGAUGGAAGGCAACAGCAAACGAAGAAACGAGGGGAUUUGGAAGGCAUCUCAACUAGCAGGUGUGAGCUCAUGCAAGGUUAAAAUUUCAGGAGACGAUCACGUAGAUGAGCUAGACCUAGCAAUACCCGAAUAACCUUGUUUGAUCUCAACACUGAAAUCGAUUGCAUCACACACUAGUUUCAAAUCCCUCUACCAAAUAGUGCUAAUGCUCAGUUUUACUUUUAACCGGCUAUGCCCAAAACACUACGUGGGUAAAUCAAG